ACGUGAAUGUCUUUGGAGUUUUUUAAUGUAUAAAGAGGCGAGAAGUCUAGUAAAUAACCAUGUAUGGUGGAAUGAUUUUCGCUGUGCAACCCGGCCACGAGUGGAUGACAUAAUUUCUACUGCACAUUCUGGCCAGAACAAAGUAAUGCUGUGAUUUUCUAACGCUGGAAAGAUGCUGUCAGAAUUCCCGUUGUUUUCCCCGCAGUUUCAGCAGCACUUCUGUGGUCAUGAGGGGGCAGGUACAAUGGCAAAGAUUCCUGGCAAGGGCUGGAGGCUCUGCUCAGGGUGCAGCAAGGAGGGCAAACGUAACUUAAGCUGAGGAAAGCCCUCCUAAAGUCUAUCCCCAGCGCAGACACAGAGCGGGAUCCUGCUCGUCCAAGGGAAACGCUUUCAGCGCCUUUAAAAAAAAAAAAACAAACAAAAAAAACCCAAAAAGGAAGCGGUUCUCUCCACGCGUUGCGUUCAUUUCCCCGGUGCCAGUUUCUAUUCCGAGGGUUCAGCGCGGCUCUCCUGAGGGCAGCCCCGAAAAUGAAAGCCAGCCAGCCUCUCCGCCUGCGCGGAGCCGGGCCCGGGGCAACGCCAAGGACGGCUCCGGGGGGCCCGGGGAGCUGCCAAGGACGGCUCGGGGAACAGCCGGGGAAGAGCCGGGGAGCCAAGGAGGAGCCGUGCCCGGUGACACCGCCCCGGGAGGCCGCGGGGGGACGGGCCGAGGGGAGCGGCCCGGGAUGGGUAGAACGGGCCGGAGCUCGGGCUGCGGAGGCCGAGCCGCGCCCCAUGGCCCGGGGCGGGUUCCUGUGGGCUCCUCGAAGUCGGCUGGAAAUGGUGGCCGUGCUGGCGGGGCUGGCGGCGAUCGGGGGGCUCGCUGCCGUCUUCUACAUUGAAGUAGUCGUGGGACGAAAAAUGUGUCCGAAGGAGGUGGAAAAUUAUGUGGCGUCCUUAGUGCUGAGUGCAGUUGGUGACACGCUGGGAUUUAACAAUGGGAAAUGGGAGUUCCAGCUGAGUGGCCCAGUCAUCCACAAGGAGCUGGCAGAGAUGGGGGGACUGGGCAACUUCAGCAUCCAGGGUUGGAGAGUCAGCGAUGAUACCGUGAUGCACUUGGCCACAGCUGAAGCCCUGGUAGCUGCUGGGAAAGACCCAAGCUUACCACAUCUCUACUCUCUGCUUGCAAGGAACUACAAGGAAUGCAUGAAUGACAUGGAGGGCAGAGCUCCAGGUUCCAUGUCUCUGGAAGGCACCAGGAAGCUGGAUCCAGGGCAGCCGAACGGCUGGCGGAUCCCGUUCAGCCCGCGGGCAGGAGGCUGCGGGGCCGCCAUGCGCGCCAUGUGCAUCGGGCUGCGCUUCUUCCGCCCCACCCAGCUGGACACCCUGGUCAAAGUCAGCAUCGAGAGCGGCCGCAUGACCCACCACCAUCCCACCGGCUACCUGGGGGCCCUGGCCUCAGCCCUCUUUGCGGCUUACGCAGUGAACGGCGUGCCCCCCGUGGCCUGGGGGAAGGGGCUAAUGGAGGUGCUGCCACAGGCAAAAGCCUACGUGCAGGAGUCUGGCUUCUUCGUGAAGGAGAACAUGGAGCAGUGGUAUUACUUCGAAGAGCAGUGGAAGAAAUACCUGGCGGAGAGAGGCAUCUCAGACGGGGUCUCGUUGCCCAAGUUCCCUUCCAAGUACGGUGUGGAAGAGAGAGACUCGUUCUACACAUCCCUGAGCUACAGUGGCUGGGGAGGUGGCAGCGGGCACGACGCACCCAUGAUCGCCUACGACGCGCUGCUGGGUGCGGGGGACUCGUGGAUGGAGCUGGCUGACCGUGCAUUCUUCCACGGCGGCGACAGCGACUCCACGGCCGCCAUUGCUGCCAGCUGGUGGGGCAUCAUUCACGGCUUCCAGGGCGUUCCCCCCUCCCUCUACGCUCACCUGGAGUACAAGGAGCGCCUGGAGAAGGUUGCCAAGGGCUUGUACAGCAUCAUCUAGGCAGGAGGUGGCCAGGCACCCCACAGGCACGCUUACCCAGCGGCUGUCUUGUGCUCUCUUGCUUGGUUUGCAAACCCACUGGAUUAAAUCUCGUGAAUGUAAGCCAGAGCCAGACCCGUCUUUUCUCUGUGUGUUGGCUUCAGUGGGGAGGCCAUGCUGGCACUAGUUUGGGGCUGCUGGUUUGAUGGGAACCUACAAUGGUCCCCCGAGACACCACUGCAGGGUGGCUGCACAUCAUCUGGUGCUCAGGAGGAGCUGGAGCACCCACUGCAGCCCUGCUGGUCAUGCUGCAGCAGCAGGACAGGCAGCAAACCUCAUUCAGGCUGACCCAAACCAGCAUCCUGCCCCUACAAUGAGAGCACAAGCAGCCUAUUGUGUCUGGGGACAAGAGAGCUUUUUUAUAAAAUUGUUUUAGUAGAGGAUAUUUUUUGUUUGAAAUGAGUGUGGAAAAAAACCCCAAACCUGACCUUAAAGCUGUGUGAGCUGUGCGUUUUACCCAAUUCCACAUCACUUCUGCAAUACAGGUACGAGUGCAUCAUGCUACUUCCCUAUUUCAGUGAAUGUGGGAAUUCAAGACUCCUGAUCAAAUCGUUACUUAAGGCAAAAGUGGGUAAUGAGAAUUAACGGGUUGCAUUUUACAUCAGCUUCUGCAGUGAACUAUAUUCUGCUUUCAUUAAGGUUGUUAAAGGUAAUUUGCUUAACAUUUGCUAUGCAUAAUUCUAUUGAAAUAAGGCUUUUCUUCAAAUCCAGACUAUGACACAGCAAAGUGCUUUUACUGUUUUCAGAACGAUUUCAAACUCAGUGUAUCCCAUUCAAUAAAAAG